GCCAAUCUGGGGUCCAGACUAGCCCCCUUUUACCCACUUUAACUAGCGGCCCUAGAGUCACCCAGGGUCAGUCAGUGAAUGGGAAUCUGAAGUCAGACAGCUUCUCUUGGAACCUGUACUUUUCGGCUUCCUAGCUGCGUGACCUUGGGCAAGUCAUGGUAGAGGCCCCAUUAGUAAGCUGAGGACAUUGGGCUAGAUGGCCUAGGAGAUCUCUGCCAGCUCUUGGUCUGUUUCCUGUGUGAUUUGGGAGCGUCACAUCCCUCCUCUGUAAAAUGAAAAGCUGGAACUGGCAGCCUCCAGGUUCCAUUCUUGCUCUCAGUCUUGGGGCCCCAGAACAUCUAUAACAUCUCUAGCUUCUAGUAGACCUGGGAACAGCAGGAUCAGCAGCAGAUUGGCUGGCCUAGAUUUCUGGGCUAUCAGAUGAGAAACCUCCCAGAGCCUGGCCACAUUCUGGGGUGGGGAGACAUGGGAAAGCAGGACAGGGAGGACUGCCCCAGACACAAAUCAGGGGAAAGGAGAAGCUUGAGGUCUGCCAUGGUAAGAGAAUUGGCCAGGGUGCUGAGGUGGCUGAGGCUGGCUGACCUCCUGUGUAGGAGGCUGGGGUGUGGCUAUGUUGAGAGAAGGGCUAGAGGAAAGGUUGAGGGUUGGAAUUAGAAGGAAUGCUAAAAAGGCUCAGGGAUGAGAUGUUGGAGCAAAGCUCUCGGGCUUCACUGAGCUUGUGAGGCUUAGGACUCCUGUGCGGGCUCCCUGCCACAGCCUGGGCAUCAUGGCCUUUGGCUCCUCCAUGGAUUUUCCGGCUGCCCUCCAGAUCCUUUCCAUUCUGCUGUGGCUGCCACUCUAUGUGGUACUAGGAUCCAUCAGCAUCUUCCUGCUCGUCACCAAGUACUGGAUGCUGUCUGUAUUCUUCCUGGCCUGGCAAGCAUAUGACUGGAAAACACCCAGGCACGGUGGCCGGCGCUCAGAUUGGGUGAGGAACUGGACCCUUUGGAAGUAUUUCCGGGACUACUUUCCCAUUAAGCUGGUGAAGACUUGUGAGCUCUCUCCUAGUCACAACUACAUCAUUGGUAGCCACCCCCAUGGGAUCUUCUCCCAAGGGGCCUUUUGCAACUUUGCCACGGAGGCUACUGGCGUUGCUCAGAUUUUUCCUGGGAUCGUGCCCUCCCUCAUCACCUUGGAAAGGUUCUUCUUGUUCCCAAUUGUCCGGGAGUUUUUGAUGGCAAAGGGCAUAUGUCCGGCGAGUCCCUCAGCCAUGAAGCACUUGCUGACUGAGAGGGGCUCAGGCAAUGCGGUGAUUCUGAUGGUGGGAGGGGCCGCUGAAGCCCUCCUGGCCCAGCCUGGAAAAGCCACCCUCUUCCUGAAGAAUCGCAAAGGUUUUGUGCGGCUGGCUCUCCAGACAGGGGCAUACCUGGUUCCUUCCUAUUCUUUUGGCGAGAAUGAGACUUUCAACCAGAAGUUCUUCCCCGAUGGCAGCUGGCUGAGUUUUAUCCAGAGGAAAAUCAAGGCGACCCUGGGCAUAACUAUCUGUGUGUUCUAUGGUCAGGGCUUCACCAGGCACUCCUGGGGUUUCCUGCCUCUCAGACAGCCCAUCACCACUGUUGUCGGGGAGCCUCUACCGAUCCCCAACGUAGAGGAGCCAUGUCAGGAGAUGGUGGACAGAUACCAUGCCCUGUACCUCAAGGCUCUGCGGGAACUGUUUGAUGAACACAAGGCCAAGUAUGGGAUCUCUGAGACCCAGGAGCUGGUGUUCUCCUGACAGCAGGGGCUGGGGAAAAGAGGGAUCUUGGGAAGGUAGGGAUGUAUGGCAGGCACAAGAGUAUGGGAAUGUGACCUACAGCAUCAUAGUUAACAUAAACAGCAAAAGCAGCCAGUGACUCUGGGCCAUCCCUGGCACGAAGCCUUCUUUGUUCUAUUUCCAUAUGAUAUCUGGCCUGGUUGGCCUAGAGAUCCACCACCAUCCUCCAGAUGCCAAGGACGCCAAGGACCGGGCCUCAUGACUAAGCUACUCCCAAAUAAAAUCUAUUUAUUUG